UGGCGGAGACUGAUGAGAACAGUUGGAGUUCAGUGUUGAAACGGGAGCCUCGGAGCACCUCAGGCUUCAGUCAAACACACAAAGGCAUGUUCAGGUAGCAGCUGAGCAGAAACAUCAGGGACCAGCAGGACUAAUAACAUCGGCAUGUGAGGGACUAUUUGUGCUAAUGAUUCACAGAGAUGCAUCCUCUUCUUCAUCGUGUUCUCGCUGGGAUCAUGUACAAGUGAGACAAGUAUCUGUGAAGAUGUGGGGGCCAGAGAUUUGGACUUGAGUCAUGAGUUUGGCAUCAAUUUUGUAGGAGCCACAAAAAAGGACAACCAUAAUGUAUAGGAAAUGGCAACCGCUCUCAGUGGACGGAAUCCUGGCGGACGUGGGCCGCAGCGGAGCAAGGGUCGGAUUUUGGGCAUCAUCGACGCCAUCCAGGAUGCCGUGGGGCCUCCGAAACAAGCGGCUGCUGACCGGCGCACUGUGGAGAAGACGUGGAAGCUCAUGGACAAAGUUGUGCGGCUGUGCCAAAACCCCCGACUCCAGCUGAAGAACAGUCCGCCGUACAUCCUGGAUAUCUUACCUGACGCCUACCAGCACCUGCGGCUCAUACUGGGCAAAUACGAGGAGAACCAGAGACUGGCGCAGCUCAGUGACAAUGAGUACUUUAAAAUCUACAUCGACAGCCUUAUGAAGAAAUCCAAACGGGCCAUCCGGCUCUUCAAAGAGGGGAAGGAGAGGAUGUAUGAGGAGCAGUCACAGGACAGGAGGAAUCUGACCAAGCUGUCGCUGAUCUUCAGUCACAUGCUGGCUGAAAUCAAAGCCCUCUUCCCUGGAGGACAGUUCCAGGGAGAAACGUUCAGGAUCACCAAGGCUGAUGCCGCUGACUUCUGGAGGAGAUUUUUUGGAGACAAGACGAUAGUGCCGUGGAAAGUCUUCCGACAGUGCCUUCACGAGCUGCAUCCCAUCACCUCGGGCCUGGAGGCCAUGGCCCUCAAGUCCACCAUUGACCUCACCUGCAACGACUACAUCUCUGUGUUUGAGUUCGACAUCUUCACACGCCUUUUCCAGCCGUGGGGAUCAAUUCUGAGGAAUUGGAAUUUCUUGGCAGUGACUCACCCCGGCUACAUGGCCUUCCUCACCUAUGACGAAGUCAAAGCCCGACUGCACAAGUACAUCAACAAGCCUGGAAGUUACAUCUUCAGACUGAGCUGCACACGGCUGGGCCAGUGGGCCAUUGGUUAUGUGACCAACGACGGCAACAUCCUGCAAACCAUCCCCCACAACAAACCUCUGUUCCAGGCCCUCAUCGACGGCUACAGGGAGGGCUUUUACUUGUUUCCCGACGGUCGCAGUUACAACCCUGACCUCACUGGUCUUUGUGAGCCGACGCCUCAUGAUCACAUCAAAGUGACACAAGAGCAAUAUGAGCUCUACUGUGAAAUGGGCUCCACCUUCCAGCUCUGUAAGAUCUGCGCCGAGAACGACAAGGACGUCAAGAUCGAACCGUGCGGACACCUCAUGUGCACUUCCUGUCUGACGUCCUGGCAGGAAUCGGACGGUCAGGGGUGUCCGUUCUGCCGCUGUGAGAUCAAAGGCACAGAGCCCAUCAUUGUGGAUCCCUUUGACCCGCGAAACGAGGGCACCAAGUGCUUCUUCCUGAACCGGCACAGCUGCCACAUGCUGGACCUGGACGACGAGGAAGACCGAGAGGACUGCCUGGUCAUGAACGGACUGGCCAACAUCAGGAAGCACUGUGCCGAGCGCCAGAACUCGCCAAUGGUGUCUCCCAGCUCUUCACCUGUCAGCCAGCACAGGAAAGCCCACAGUGGAGACACUGGACACUGCGUGCAGCACCUCGGCCUUCCCCCCGUCCCUCCACGACUGGACCUCAUUCAGAAAGGUGCCAUCCGCUCCCCAUCUGCCAGUCCCACCGGCUCCCCGAAGUCUUCACCAGGCAUGUCCAGGAAGCAAGACAAGCCUCUCCCAGCUCCACCUCCUCCCCAGAGGGAUCCACCUCCACCACCUCCCCCGGAGCGUCCUCCUCCCAUCCCGCCAGAGUCGCGCCACUCUUGGUUCCCCACUUCCUCCUCCUUGUCCUCGUCCAUGUCGUCCUCCACGAGCGCACUGUCAGACGCCCAGAUGCCCCCCGAAACGCGGCCGACCAAAGACGCCCACAGGAGCGGAGUGGAACACCAGCUCCAGAUGGGACACGCCGGCCACUCCCUCCUGAACGGAAGACCACUAAGUUGUCCGUCUGCAGGAUUCGGAAGGUUACAUCACAGAAUGGAGGGGGCAGGAACCACAGAGGGCUCCAAGCCUUUCUCUAAUGGCGUUCAACUCGGCGAGGAGUAUGACAUCCUUCCCUCACGGCUCUCGCCAACUCAGUCCUCACUCACCAGUAGCCACAAAGCCCCCAACCCUUUCAGCAGUCCUGCGGUGGAGCGACCACAGAGGCUGAUGGAGCGGGUGGACGACGACUAUCAAGUCCCGUCGUCCAACAUCUGCCUGAGUCAGACUCCGCUCUGCAUCUCCGUGCCCAGCAGACACUUGGAUAACGGCUCACCAGAGCCAUCCACUGAGGAGAAGAGGCCACACCCACCGGAGCCUGGUAGACACUCAGACUUGGACAGGGGUUUGGUCCCGGGGGCAGCACACGCUGUCCUCUGCCCCUUCACCACCAAGCAGUCACCGUCCGACUAUGACAUUCUGCUGCCACCCCAAGCAUCAGAAGAUCUGUUCAACAGCCGCCCUCCAUCCCAGCCUCCACCACCUCCUCCUCCGCCUCCUCCUCAGCCACCAGCGCGAUACAGCUUCACUGACUCCUCCUCUUCAUUGUCCUCGUCCUUCAACACCUCCACGUCCUCCUCGUCCUCCUCCAUGGUCACGCGACCGCACAGGCCGCCUUCCGGACACGAGCACUUGCUCUUAACCCCCGACACAGUGUUUGACAUGCUGAGCAGUGCCGCUCCUCUGCCUCCAGUCAGACGAUACACCGAACACCUGAAAGACUCGAGAAGCUGCCGCCUGGAGUACGACCAUUUACCCGUACUGAUGGACUGCUCGCAGGCUCCUGCCAGGCCGCCCAAGCCACUGCCAAGGAAGAUCCCCCCAGACAUCCAGUCGGGCAAACCCCACGGCACGGAGUCCGAGACCGUGGACGCCAAGAUCGCCAAGCUGAUGGGGGAGGGCUACUCCUUUGAAGACGUGAAGCGGGCGCUGAUGAUCGCGCAGUACAAGGUGGACGUGGCCCGAAACAUCCUGAGAGAAUUUGCCUUAGUGGCCCCGAGACUGAACCUCUAGUUUUUUUUAGAGACAGGGGAAAGAAGGGGGCGUGGCGUGGGGGAAGCACAACAGCGAAAGCUGUGCCUCUGAAUGGAAUCUUCCAAAAAAAAAAGGGCUUCUUCAUCAUUCUGCUUGGCCUCAGAUGAGUUACGAAAAACACACUCAAAUGAUCAACAGGAACAUUUCAAGUUCAAGAUUUCAAGGGGGGGGGGAGUGGGGGACUCGCCUUUUGUUUGCCGAACAGAGAUAAUGACGCACAACAAAACGGCUAAAACCAAAUCACAGCGGCACACGGAACAAGAGACUGGGAAAAAAAAAAAAGACUGUGUCUGUGAAUGAUUUCAACCUGUGAACAAACGAACCAGGCUUCUUCUUCUUCUUCUUCUUCUCGUCGUCGUCGUUGUUGUUGUUUACAGUUUACAACUUUUGCCAGUGCUGGCCUCUGGUUUUCCAAUGCUCCCGUGGGUCUCGGGGCCUCCGAUUGUUUGCCUGUUUCACCGCUCGUCUCGGUCGCUUUUGUACAUUUCUCCACGUCAUUUAGUAACGUGUGCACGUUUCUGAUCAACAUGCAUAUGCUUUGGCGCGUUCGCGUAUGCUGUCGUCUACAUUAUCAGUUGCUUAUGUCUGGAUGUUUUCCUUGUUCUCUGUUGAGUAAUCUCACCCCCUUAAAACAUCCUGGCAUGAGAGGAUUGCUUGUGUGCGUCGUUGUACACGACAUCAUCCAUCUGCACUAAGCUCAUUUACCUAUACAUCUAUCGGUUACAGUUACAGUAUUAUGUCGUUUUUUUUUCCCUUCCAGGAAAAAUGUAAAUGCCGAUCCGGUCCAAUCUCCGUCUCCCACGAGUAGCCGUGUGCUUUUGAAGUCGGACUCAUGUCGUACGACAGCGACGCACCUUUGCAGGUGUUGGUUGUCGUCGGUCCGAGGAAUGCACUCAGAAAUCCGCGUCGAUUGUAGAAAUGUACCAAAGCGACUGAGUAAAAGCGUAAAUCCUGCCACUGCUGCUGCUGCUGCUGCUGCUGCUCCUCUCUUCACAUCCUUCCUAAGCUGUGGACUUUCCUCUGAAGGGCUUCUCAAAGAACAAGGCGUUCCCAUCCCAUUUCAGCCUUUCACAUGCUCAUGCAGUGUGAUGGGUUCAUUUCAACACACAGCCAGUAGGGGGAGCCAGACUCCACAGUUUCUUUCCCUCCACAGUCUUUCUUUGUCAAGGGUGUCUUGUCGUUCUUCUUUUGCCUUGUGUGUGUGUGUGUGUGUGUGUGUGUUGCCCAUUAGAGAAUCCUCCAGUGUUUGCACAGAGUCUGGCUGACUCGUAGGUCUUAACAAGGUCUGGUGUGUUGAGAGCAGUUAGACAGAGCCAGAGGAUGCCUUAUUGAUUCAUUCGUUUCCCCCAGACCUUGAGAAAACUGCACGACAGCUUCCAAGAGGAGCGCUCUUGUUAGACUCUGUGUCUUAUUUUGACACGAGGUGCGAAGCCCAAAGAGAUGCAGAGGAGGGGGGGGUUCUGCUACCGCGCUUUGUUUGUGGUUCGCAGGCCAGGGGAUGAAUCAGCAGAGGCCUUUUCUUUUUUUUAAUUACAUCCUUCAUCUGAGGACGGCGAGCCUAUGAAUGUAUUUGUUCUGCAUGAGCGAGCUAUACCUCUGUACUCUGCGAGCUCCUCUGAGGUUCAGCCUUACCCUAAAGCAGUUAAGUGGUUUAAAUAGUUCAGUAAUUGCGGAAAGUGUUCAGUUCCUCCUCCUCCUCAGUUCCUUCACAUCAGAUCGCCACACGAUUGUGCCUGCGCUUCCAACCGUGGACUGGUUAUCACUCGAGCUGCAACUAACGAUUAUUUUCAUCAUCGAUUAAUCUGUCGAUUGUGUUAACGAUUAAUCGUUUAAUCGUUUGCGCCAUAAAAAGUCAGAAAACCUUAAAAAAAUCGUCGAUCGGUGUUCUUCAAACCUGGAAAUGAUGAUGUUCUCAAGUGUCUUGUUUUGUCCACAAACCAAAAUGAUUCACUUUUAAUUAAUUCCCUGUUAUCCAGAGCAAAGAAAUGAAGAAAAUACUCACGUUUAAGAAGCGCAAACCAUCGGAAAUCUUGUUAUAAUCAUAAUAAAUGAAAAAAGCUUCAAAUCUUUUUUCAAGAUAGUUGUCGAAUCAUUGAGUAAUCGAUUAAUCAGUGGAUGUGGUCUCCAGGUUGCAUGUUGAGGGCUCCUAUUGGACGAUACCAGCUGUCAAUUACACUGGUGUCCACUCAGAAAAGCUGAAACUAGCAUUUAAGGCCAUUCAAGAAUUCAAAUUCUUAUGACAACGAGCAGACUUGCUUCCCUGUAUCUCACUGCUCCUCCAUCCUCAGCUCCACUUUUCUAACCCAGUCUAUACAGUCUGUGGUUUCAUUUCAAGGAUUCUUAAAUGACGUCGAGCCCCAGCUCUUGAGAGAAUGGUGCUCGGGAGACGUCACGUCACGCUCCAGCCUCCUGUCUCUGCGCUUCAAUUACACACGCAUCAUGUGCUGAGAGUGGACUGCUGUGCCAGGGGAAGUCGCUUAAAAUUACGCCGCAGUUGUUUUUAUUUAUGCACAAAAAUCUUCACGUAAACACAGCGGCGCUGCAGAGACUCGGUGCAGAGUCCGAGCGGCAGUGAAGCCUCGCACGUGUACCUUCAUAUCAUCUUAAUGGAGAUAUCUCACCUCUGCGUCGACUGGAUGUGGUUAAACGGGGGGAAUGGACUGCUUUCAUGGCGCUUUUAUGGUUUUAAUGACCACUCGAAGCACUUCUCAUUAUGGCUGAGAUUCACACACACACAUGCGCGCAUAUAUAUUCAUGCAGCACUUGGAUAUCUACUCCUUUUUGUCUAUUACUUUCACAUCCCAUUCAGGCACAGGCAGCACAGCCGUCAGGAGCAAUUUGGAGUUCAGUGUGUUGCCCAGUGAUGCUCGUGGAAUAGAGAAAACCAGGAAUCAAACCAGUGACCUUCUGAUUAGUGGACAACUUGGCCUUUUUUUUCCCUCGCUGCUUUAUUUUUUUAAAGCUUUUGGGGGCGCGGUGCAUGUGUGUUUUUAGAGAGACACGCUUUUAUUAUCUGUCACUUUCAUAUCUCAGUUUGAUUCGGGACUUUGGUUUAUGUUGCUGCUUACUUUUUUGGUCACGAUGAAGUGGGAAUAAGGAAGCGACGAGGUCUUAAAAGAAUAUUUUUAGGCUGUGUGAAGUUAUUGUUGGAGGAACUACUGAAAACAUCAGUCAGCGCGGCAGUCGAGAAACAGCCCGAGACGCGCGGCGGUCACUCUCAGUGAAAGACACUUAAGACUAAUAUCUUUUAAAGAAUAUGUUGAGGUCACAAGGUCAUGUAGAAAAUUGGCAGUUUUACAUGAUUUGAUUUUUUUAAUCCACUGCUGCCUCCGUCAGUGAGUUCAGACGUGUCAUCUUGGGACGUCAGUGUUUUGAAAUCAUUCUUUUCGAUUUUACCAAACAAGGCACCGGCGGCAGGGUCGCCAUUUCGAAAAGACUGAGACUGAAGUUUCUUUUCGCUUUGUAAGCCGAUGAAAUGGUUUCUCGUGUUUUCACUGCACCAAGGUUACAAUAGUUUUGGUUAGUUUUAAUGUUAGUUUUUUUUGUAAUCUGGAGUAUUUGCCAGGUGCAUGGUUCAAAAAGGUCAUAAUGAUAAGUAUCGUGUCUCAAAUACGACCUUAAAAAAUGUACAAAGACAAAAAUGAAGCACAUUUUCGCUACAACUUUAGUUAGUUUUAGUUUUAUAAACACACAAUUCAGUGUGGGUUGCUUAUCUUGUUUUUAUUUCAGUAAACGAAAGUCUUUUUUUCCAUCUUAGUCGCUGCUGUUUCGUCGGUUUUCGUUCACUAUAAUAACCUUGCUCAGGGAGCUGUGUGUAAGACGCCGACUGACGUGUCACUACCUUGUACGACAAAACUGCACUCGCCCUUUAAUUCCCUCCUUCUCCCUGACAUUAAAUCUGCUAAACGUGUAAUAUAACGCGAUGUUUGCGUCCCGCACAAACAAAGAAAUGUUGGUUUACAGCAGCGUCGGAAACAGCCGACUGAGCCGGAGACUGCACAGCAUCUGGAGCUGUGCUUCUUUUUAUUUUGGUUGUUGUUUUGUUUUCCAAAAUGAACAAACAAGUAGAAUCAGAGUGGACCUGCUGUCUGUCUGGACUCUUCUGUGCCAUGAGAGGAGCUGAAUAAACAUACAGCACUGACCCAUUUCCACCUCCACGCACUCACUAUCAAAAUAUUAUUUGGGAGAUGUAUUGUCGUUCUCUUCGGAGAGCGGCUUUAAAACUGUUGAUUGAUUCCGGUCCCUGGUGUUUGAGUUUCCUCGCGGCGCAGAUAACAGUGUUUCUGGUCAAAUAUUGAAUCGUCUGGCUUUCCGGAGAUGGAAAUGAGAAGGUUCAUUUGGGACAUCUCGAUAAUGCAGCGCAAGGUGGUGGUGGUGGUGGUGAGGAUGAUCCCAGGUCUAAUAACGCAGCUCACUGACUCCCACUUUUUUCCCCCCACUUUGAGUAUUUAUGUGCGAGUGUGAACUCGAACAUGAAAGCUUUGUUUACCUGUGUGGCGCACUCAUGUGUGGGGAAUAAGCCGGAAUCAUUACAGUGUGUGUGUGUGUGUGUUUUAAGAGGCUCUCUUGUCCCCGAGUUCACAUUUUACUCCCCACACGAGGCGGAACCUUUCAUAUAUAUACAUAUGUACAUGUAUA